AUGGCAGCCCCAGAUUUAAUCGACAGUCUACAGGCCCUGAGUCUGGAUCCCAGUCCUGAUACCGACCCCGAGUGUCUUCCUUUUUGUCCGACGGGGACUCAGGCGCGGCUUCAGCAAAGGUUCGAGGUUCCCCGUUACCUGUUUCGCGUAUACACCCCACGUUCCGCCGGUGUUACCGACAAGCUCUGGACAAAGUCCAUGGACGCCCGGCACGACCAUGCAGACUGCAAGGUGGAUAUCCUUGCGAGGCGCGAUGACUCGCGAGUGGCAGACAUGCUUAAUAGGCAUCUCAGGUGGUGGAAAGGCCCUAGCGAUAACCUAGUGUCUUGGACGAGCUCGAUAUUGUUCGCCCUCGUCUACAUCUUCCAUCUACACGCCAACACGACAGACGGAUCAGACUUCGACGAUGUUUGUCUUUGUAUAGUCGACACCACUUGCUUUCCCAAGGGAGUUUUUCUUCGAGAUAUGGAUCUCAUGGCUGCCUAUCGCCAUCUUAACGUAAGUCUGGCGAAGCUUGCAACCCUUCGGUCCAAGGAGCACAGGGGAUCCUACUAUUUUGGAGAGUACCUGUCGCAAGGUGCUCUAAAGAUUGCCGACAAGUGCGAGAUAGUCUCAGCCCAGAAAAUGAUUGACACAGGUUUAUAUGAUUUGCAACCUGAAUUCCAGAAGUUUGCACGGUGGACUCCGGAACCCCAGCCGCCGUGGGCUAAUCCCGUGAUCGAACUCCGAGAGGGUUUUUACCAGAAGAAGACAGCAGGGUUGGGAAGAAAUAAGGAAGAACUAGAGGCGGCGGUGGCGAUCGCGAAACUCUUUGGACCCCGCUGGAGCCUGCCUGUGGCAGGUAACCUCAUUGCAAUGCUGCCUCACCAGGUUGAGGAAUGCGGCAUUCUCGAGGCGCUCAAACUACUUCCCUCAACAGAGGUCAAGCGAUUCGGCGACAUUAUGCGGAGUGUUUACCUCAAGGCGGUUGAAAGUAUGUCGAAUAGCGAGAAAGCUCGUUCCUCGCAUAGGAGCACUAAUAGCGUCCAGAAUGCACAGCAGAAGCUGAGAGCCAGUUACGCCAUGCAAUACACUAUUAUGAGGGCGUGA